CCGGGCCCCUCUCACACAGCAACCGCUGGGUCUGUGGGUGGGUGCUGGGCAGGGGCGAAUCUUGGGCUAUUACUCGAUGGGGGGGGGGGGAAGGCUGGCUUUCUAUCUCCCCUGAGCCCCCCUGUAGAAUGUGACAAGGGGGCAGCACCUGAGAUGCUCGGUUGGGCCCCUGUGGCUGCAAGUGGCCAGUGGCCCAGGGGGCAGGUAGCCCAUGGAAGCUCCUGUGGAAGCCGGGUCAGGUGCUUGGGCUGGCUCACAGGCACAAACACACACACGCACGCGCCAUGGGGCUGUUUUUGCACAAGGUUAAUCGCUCUCGGUUUGCAUUUAAUGACUCGGGGUUUGUUUUUCUUUGAUUUGAUGUAUUUAUAGGGGGGGGUAUUUCUCAACAUUCUCCCCCCCCAUCUGUGAUGCUGGGGCCAGGGUUGUGGUCCUGGGGGCUGUGAGGGAGCCGAGGUGCUAAUUAAAGCACUCACCCCGCCCGCCCCGUGUCUCCCAUGUCUGGUUUUGUGCAGGGGGAGGGGCUGAGUGUUAGAACUAGGAGUGUGUGUGUGUGUGGGGUUAUGAGCCCCCAUUUGUCCUUCUGAACCCUCCCCCCUGGCUUGUCCCCCUACACUCCUCCAAAAGGCUGUUGAGAGCCCCCAUUGGCUUUGGCUGGGGGAGGCAGGUGCUUGAAAUUCGGGGGGAGGGACGAGUGUGGGGGAGGGGGCGGCUUGACAUAGCCUCCUGCCUAGUUGUAGGUGCCGGAGGCUCAGAAAGGCAGGGUGUCCCCUCUCCGCCACCCCCCCCCCCCAUGCCAGUCAUAGCCGGGGGGAGAUGCAUCCCUUAAAUCUGGGCUGGCUGAGACCCGUGCCAAGACUAUCACCUCUUCCCUGGGGGCCGAGUCCCUGCUGGCUCUGGCCCCCCUGCUGGGGCUGCAAGGGGGCUCCCAGCUUGAUUCCCCAGGCCCACCUGCCCCCCUUUUGUGGAGGGACAGGGCCCUCAGGCCUUCCUCUUGCUGGGGUGCAGGGGGGCAGUGAGUCCCCCUGCAUUCGGCAUCAGCUCCCUUAGCCCUUUGAUUUCAUCCCACCUGGUCCCAGGUCCCUGCUCGUCCCCUCACCUGGUGGGACACCCCCGUGGAAGGGCUGCUGACCACACUGGCCCCUGGCUACUAGGAGCAGGGGAGGUGGGGGUUAAGUCAAUCCUGGGGCCGCUCAGUCAGGCGGGGCCUGGCUCCCUCUCUGCCCUGCUGUAUGUGGCUGCCACAAGGGCCCAGCGGGGGGACCCAAAGCCGGGACCCGCACACCGGUGCUGCAGCCCCCCGAGGGGCUGCUGGGUGAUUCCAGCCCCCACCCUUGUGCCCGUGCCAGUCGCAAUAAAUCCCUUAGCGGGAAGGCUCAAGCGGUCAGGCCGGCCCUCAGCUAGUUGGGGCGUUGCUGUUAGCUGUGAUGUUCUGCCCCAGCCCUGGCCGCAUCUCUGGGCAUCACGCACUCGGUGAAAGGGCUGGGAGCUGCUAGAAACAAGGCUGCUUCUGCGUCCCGCUGGCCCUUUGUCUGAGUGGGAGGGAGCAGCUGCAAGGGCCCAGCCGGCGCCAGGAAUCUGGGGUGUCAAGGAAGAAACCGUGAGAGGUGCUGGCCCGGGCGCCUGGCUUCCUUUGUUCUGCUGGGGCUGGGUCAACAGGUUCUGAUCCCUGAGCUGGUUUGUUUCAAACCACUUCCUGGUGGAGGGUGCAGGCCCCUGCCCCCAUGGAGCUGGAGUUGGCCCAGGUCCCAUCAGCACCCCCCCCCGCCCCUUCUCUUCUCUUCCUAGCUCUGGGCAGGAGUGGCUUAGAGGAUGGGGGAGGGGAUGGCUAGGACUCCUGGGUUCCUGUCCCAGCUCUGGGAAGGGGUGUGUGUUGGGGAAGGCAGAGUUGGGGAGCCCGGGGCUGGGCUAGCAGGGGGCUGUGGGUCAGGAGUGAGGGGCCCCAGCAGAGCUGGGACCCUCCGGCGCUGCAGAGCCGAACUCCCCUUGGGGCUGCACCUCUGUGGCUUGCACAACAUGUGUGUACGUGUCCUGCCUGUCCACAGCCCGGGUCCUCACCUCCCCACCCUCACUGCGGCUGGAUCCCCCAUCCCGAGGUUGCCCCACCAACCUUCCUGUCCCUCCUCCCCUACCCCAGCCGCGUCCCGCCCUGGGCAGGGUGGGACUGGGGCGGCCCGGGCAGGAAUCCCAGCUCCCAGUCUCCCUCCUCCAGCCCCGAGUACCUGCAACCCCUCGGGAUGGCGUCCCAGCAGCUGCAGGCCCAGAUCUUGCCCCUCUCCCCUGGGGCCCAGCCGUGGGGCUGGCAGCAGCAGUUCGAAGGGGCCUGGGAGCUGGGCCGCAGGGGGGUUCCCCUGCCCAAGGACCCUGACUGGAAAGCCCUGUGCGAGCGCAAGCCCUUCGAGAGGAACCUGCUGCAGAGCCCCAACCCCGAAGGUGUGAACAUUUCAGAGCCAGCUCCCCACCUGCCACCCAACAGCCCCCAGGUGCCACUGGAGUCCUUGGGUAAUUUCAGCGGCUGGGCCAUUAGCACCGAGAAGCUGCCUCCUCAGAUGGCUGGCAAGAAGCCCGGCUCUGAGGCUCCGCGCUUCAGCUGGUGCGUGAAACAGCAGCGGGUGGACCUGCUGGCGGAGGGGCUGUGGGAAGAGCUCCUGGACUCCUACCAGCCGAACAUCACCGUCAUGGACUGGUACGAGGACAGCCGGCUGGCUGGGAUCGUUUACCAGCUGCACGUCUGGCUGCUGGCCGGCAACGGGCAGACGCCCCUGCAGGAAUUCCACCACGAGGGCCCCGAGCACGGGGCAUCCCUGGAGAAGAAGAACUGGUGCCAUGUUUCCCACGUUUUCCACGGCUAUGGGCCGGGAGCGCGCUAUGUCCAUUUCCAGCACCGGACCUUGGACGCCGAGACGCAGGGCGGGCUCUGCCGCACCAGAGCGACGGACAGCAGCGUCUCCGUGCAGCUGCGGGACUGACGGAUGGACGGGCCAGCAGCCGGGGGCGGGCGCGGUUCGGUUUCUGUUCCCCCGGAGGGCUGACGACAGCACCCAGGCAAAGGUCGGUGCUGGAUUCACUGGGAGCUGAGAGCCCUGCCCCCUCUCUGUGCCCUGGGGGCAAAGCUGGGGCUGGGUGGGGCCUGUCAGAUCAGCCUUGCUGCUUGGAUGGCUCCAAAGAAAAAGGGAUUAAUAAAAAUUCCUGAGGGGAGUGGGGUCUAGUGGUUAGAGCAGUGGGUCUGGGAGCCAGGACUCCUGGCUUCUAUGCCCAGCUCUGGGAGG